CGAAACGGGGUAAACCAAAGCAAACAGUGGCCGGCCAAGGAUUAAUUGACGGGCAGAACGAUUUCGCUAUGUAUGUGAUGGGUUUGACAGACAAUAAUUUAAUUUGAGCCACACUCCUUCGUCUAAACUUAAUUCGAACCUGUUCUGUCAACAAUGGGAUGUUCGAAGGAAGUAAAUUGCUCCGAAAGAUAAGAAUUGUGUUCCAUCAAAACAACGGUGGGCCACACAUAUUGAUGGAAGCUACAGAUACGUGUUUAUGAGGUUUAUUUAUAUCCACCUGCUCUUGUCUAGAGCCAAUGAUGUAGCGUGGGGAAUAUUCGCCAAAAGAGAAUCUUUUCAAAAUUUGCGGUCCAGUUUUUGGCAAUAGCAUUUCAAUAGAGUUUCAUUAUGAGAUUGUCUUCCAAAUGGCAUCAAGUUAUUAAAGAAAAUUGUUACUUUUAAUAAAAACCGGACCAUUCUUAAGUUUGCAAAAAUAUGUAAUUUAUUCUUAAUAGCCCUUAUAUGAUUAUGCUGAGGAAUGAAUGGCACAGUUAAAUGUCAAUCGAACUGUGUUUUAAAAGACAAACAGAAGAAUUCAUGUCCUAAGCUAUUAAAAAUACUUUAAUAAAGAAUUGAAAAAAUGAAGAGAAAAACAUGUAAUGGCAAAUAAGUUGUCAUUUUUUAUUGUUUAUUUCCAGGUAUACGGAAUCCAAUGGUUGGGAGUUCGUGGCACCUUUGCUUACAGCACGAUACGGGGCCGGUGCAGUAACUUUCAAUGGAAAAAUCUACAUAGUGGGCGGUUUCAAUGGAAAUUACUUAAAAUCCGUUGAAUGCUAUAACCCCGAUUCGAAUACUUGGACUUCCUGUGCAGAUAUGGCUUAUGAUCAUUGGUUGCCUGGUGUAGCUGCACACAAUGGUCACAUCUAUGUUGUAGGCGACUUUAAAGGUAGCCCAGCUGUUGGACGGUACGAUCCUCAGCAAGACACAUGGUCUCAGAUUUGCUCUCUGAAAUAUUAUGGCUGUGGUCCUCACCCUUGCGCCUCUUUUGAAAAUAAACUAUGGACUAUUCAUCACCACGUUGAGGAGGGGAGGACAGGAGUAGCAGUGUACAAUGAGGCAAAUGACCGUUGGGUACAGAAGAGCUCGUUACCCAAAGGUUCGAUAUAUUCUUGUUUUGUUAUUUCUUUGUCUUUACUGACAUCAAAAUAAACAAACAAUAAUAGAAAUGUUGUUGUUUGUUUUAAUAAACUACUUAUACCAAAUACACAAAAGCUGGUUAAUUUUCGAUUUGAAAAAAGCGGCAAACUAAUUUUUACGAAUGAAAAGCUGUAACGGUUCUUGUUUUGGAAUAAAUAUAUAUAAAUAAAUUGUUGGUACAUCUGUAUCUGUAGCAGUUCCAUUAAAAAUGUAGCUUUGUUUGUAAACGAAAUAUAGAGAGCCUAAUUGAAAAACCGAACACUUACAGCCGGUUUCACGAAACAAAUUUAAGUGAAAAAUAAUUAAUUUCAUACAAUACAAAUACAAUUUUUUUGUUUACAUAAAUCAGCUGUUAUUCUUACUAACAUCCCUGCCUUUUAAUUUUUUGGAUGCCAAAUGUCAAUAAUGGUGAA